ACCCAAAAUUAAAAAAGAAAAUUAAAGUAAAAAAUUCCACAAAUUCAACUGCUUUUUUUGGUCUCUCAGAUCAAAAACAAUUGGAAUUCUUGAUAUCUAUCAUCGUCAUCCAUCGUGUAUACAAAUCCAAGAAACACAUAAACGUGUUCCUGUUUAAAUAGAUUCAAUUUCUAAUUCUAAUUUCUUGAAAAAAAGGGAAAAAGAAAUCGAAAAAAUUAAAUCUUUAAUAAGCAAAAUCCAAUAUGAAAAGAUUAAUCAGAUCAGAAACCACCCAAGAGGCUCGACGACUCCAACUAUUCUUGUUGUUCUUUCCUUGUUCCUUUGGAAUUGUAAUAAUAUCCCCGUUUUUAUUAUCAUCAUCAUUCUCUCUUCUCUCUCAAGAAUUGCUUCUUUCUCUCUCUACAUCUUUGCCUUUAUUAUCUCCAUCUUUCGAUUUUCCUGAUGGAUUUCUCUUUUGGGUUUUCUUUGAUUUGGGAUUGAGUUGAAAACCUUAUGUCGGUUUUGGUUUUCUUCGAGGAACCCUAGUUUUUCCGUUUCUUUUUUGUGGGUGUUUUUGCGUUUGUGAAAUUUCUAGGGUUUCAUUCAAAGUUUCGAGUUUCGACGACCCUUUUUGAUGGAGACUGGUUCGGAAGGGGAGAGCAAUCGGAACAUGAAUGAUAACAAUAAUGGUCAAUCUGAUGGAUCCAAGAAACCUAAACGUCAGAUGAAGACUCCUUUUCAACUGGGAAUGCUUGAAAAGACCUAUGCUUCGGAGAUGUAUCCAUCGGAGGCCACACGAGCGAAGCUGUCGGAAUCUCUGGGGUUAACCGACCGGCAGUUGCAAAUGUGGUUUUGUCACAGACGAUUGAAAGAUAAGAAAGAAGGGAUCGUGAAACGGCCGCUAGCUGAUGGUGCACUUGGGGAGAGGAUAGAGUCGAUGAGGUCUUCUAAACAAGAAUUGAUGGUGGUGGAACGUGGUGGUGGGAGUGACCAUGGUUCACGGUCAAGGUCACGUCAUGAGUCAUGGUCUCGGUCUGGUUCAGGGUCAGGUUCUGGUUCAGAAUCGGAUUCUAGUCAGUUUAAUGAACCGUUGGUUCACAGCAGAGCGUAUGAGUUAACACAACAAAAGAUAAUGUUGCGAAGAAUAAUUGAUUGUGUGGAGGUGCAAUUGGGUGAGCCAUUGAGGGAAGAUGGACCUGCGCUCGGAAUGGAGUUUGAUGAGCUGCCCCCAGGUGCAUUUGGGACGCCAAUAGUGGUGAAGAAGCGUCAUGGUCAAACUAGGCAUUCUUAUGACGGAAAUUUAUUCGAGGAGCCUGAUCCUCGGCCAAUCAAAGUUGAGGUGGCUGGUCUUCUAGAGCCUGGUGUUUCUACUAUCAAGCCUGAACCAUAUGGAGUCGUUUCUCGUUUAUAUGAUUCACCCGUUGGUUACCCAAGUGACCAAAGAUUAGUUAUUCAAAACGGACAACUGCCACAGCCUUAUGUUGGCUCGGGACAGUUAAAGGGUGUUGGCUUAUUGACUCCAAAAGGGGAGAUGGGACAUUUAUCAUCACCUAUAAAAGAUGAUGAUUUCAUUCAACCCAAUGAAGAAGUUAUGCAAAUGUGGAGGAAACGCAAGAGUGAUGAUGCAUUUUCCGUAAGGGGGGAAGGUGAAAAGAGGAUGCGGAAAGAGCUUGAGAAACAAGAUUUGAUGAGGAAAAAGAGAGAAGAGCAAAUGCGGAAAGAAAUGGAGAAGCAAGACCGCGAGAGACGGAAGGAAGAAGAGCGAAUGAUGCGAGAAAAACAACGGCAAGAGGAAAGAUUUCAACGUGAGGAAAAGCGUGAAAUUGAACGCCGAGAGAAGUUCUUGCAGAAGGAAUCUUUGAAGGCUGAGAGAAGAAGACAAAAAGAGGAGCUUCGUAGAGAAAAGGAAGCAAUAAAACUCAAGGCCGCUAUUGAAAAGGCAGCGGCACGCAAAAUUGCUAAAGAAUCUAUGGAACUUAUUGAGGACGAGCGUUUGGAACUGUUGGAAUUAGCUGCAUCUAGCAAAGGGCUGCCGUCAAUAGUUUCACUUGACUAUGAAACCUUGCAAAAUCUUGAUUCGUUUCGAGAUCUCUUGUGUGUGUUCCCUCCGAAGUCCGUGCAAGUACGAUUGAAACGACCUUUUUCAAUUCAUCCCUGGAUCGACUCAGAAGAAAAUGUUGGAAACCUUCUCAUGGUUUGGAGAUUUUGUAUGACUUUUGCCGACGUUCUUGGGCUUUGGCCUUUUACCCUUGAUGAGUUUGUUCAAGAUCUUCAUGAUUAUGAUUCAAGAUUAUUGGGAGAAGUUCACAUUGCUCUUCUGAAGCUGAUCAUAAGAGAUAUCGAAGAUGUUGCAAGGACACCCUCUGGUGGGCCUGGAACAAAUCAAUACACGGUUGCUAACCCCGAAGGUGGUCAUCCUCAGAUUGUCGAAGGGGCAUAUAUGUGGGGCUUUGACAUACGUAACUGGCUUAAACAUCUUAAUCCAUUGACGUGGCCGGAAGUUCUUCGACAAUUUGCUUUAUCUGCGGGGUUUGGACCCCAGUUGAAAAAAGAUAAGGCAAAACGUUCAUGCUUGCCAGAAAACGAUGAGGGUAAAGGCUGUGAGGAUGUAAUCACCAUGCUAAGAAAUGGUUCGGCUGCAGAAAAUGCCGCUACAUUGAUGCAAGAAAAAGGGGUUCAUCUUCAACGGAAGUCAAGGCAUCGUUUGACCCCUGGGACGGUCAAAUUUGCUGCUUAUCAUGUUCUUUGUCUCGAGGGAAGCAAGGGCCUAAACGUUUUAGAACUUGCCGAAAAGAUUCAGAAAACUGGACUUCGUGAUCUUACAACUAGCAAGACACCCGAUGCUUCGAUCUCCGUUGCUUUAUCAAGGGAUCCGAUUUUGUUUGAAAGAAUUGCUCCUUCGACCUAUUGUGUUCGGCCUACUUUCAGGAAGGAUCCUGCAAAUGCUGAGGAAGUAAUUUCAUCGGCUAAAGAGAAGAUACAAAGUUAUGCCAACGGGAUUUUGGCUGGGGUGAACGUUGAGGAUGUUGAGAAAGACGAAGAUUAUGAAUGCGAGGUUGCUGAGGGUCCUGAAAUCGAUGAUUUUGGUACUUCAUCGACUACCAAAGACGCUAACUUUUACAACGAAGAAGCUAAAACGGCUGUUGGAGAAGAUGUUGAUUUAGAUAUGAAAAACGAAUUCGAAAAUGCUGGCGUUGGUGUGAGUAGUAUUGAUCAAGGAAGUAGCGAGAUAGAUGAACGGAAAUCAGGGGAACCAUGGGUUCAAGGACUCACCGAAGGGGAAUAUUCGGAUCUUUGUGUUGAGGAGCGUCUCAAUGCUCUUGUUGCUUUAAUUGGCAUUGCUAAUGAAGGAAACAUUAUUCGCUUAGUUCUUGAGGAUCGGUUAGAUGCUGCAACUGCUGUUCGAAAGCAAAUGUGGGCUGAAGCGCAACUAGAUAAGAAACGAUUGAAAGAAGAAUGCAUAACCAAAUUUCAAGAUUCUUCUUUAAUGGCGGCGGCGGCAGAGGGCGGCCAAAGCCCGCUGAUGCCCACCAUCGACAGUAAAACCAAUGACGGGCUUCUACAGAUGGCUCAAGAUGGUUCGAUGGGCCAGACCACGGCUCAAGUUCAUAACAAUGGAUAUAAUACCACUGAAAGAUUGCGGUUGCAGUUGAAAGCUUUUAUCGGUCACAAAGCCGAAGAGAUGUACGUAUACAGAUCUUUGCCCUUGGGCCAGGACCGGAGGCGUAACCGUUAUUGGCAAUUUGUCGCAUCGAGUUCCAAGCAUGAUCCAGGAUCCGGCAGGAUAUUUGUUGAACUACAAAACGGGUGUUGGAGGCUAAUCGAUUCUGAAGAGGCAUUUGAUGCUCUUUUGUUGUCGUUGGAUACACGUGGAGCCCGCGAAUCUCAUUUGCAUGUAAUGUUGCAAAAAAUAGAGAUGUCGUUCAAGGAAAACAUCAGAAGAAAUGCCGGUCGUGCUGAAAACACGGAUCGGAGUGGACGUUUUUCUAGGAUCGAAGCGGGUCCCAAUGUUGCUAGUGACGGAAGUCCCAAUAGUACCGUGUGUGUCUCCGGUUCAGAUUCAUUGGAACCAUCACCGUCUUUCAACAUAGAGCUUAGGAGAAAUGAGUUGGAGAAAAAGAAUGCGAUGAAACGAUAUCGAGAUCUCGAGUCCUGGAUGUGGAAAGAAUGUUUAUAUUCGUCAAAUUUGUCGGCAAUGGUACACGGGAAACAAAGGUGUUUUCCGGUACAGGGAGUCUGCGAUUUCUGUCACGAAUCUUAUUGCUACGAGAAGGAUAUUUGCCCUCGAUGCUAUAGGUCGUUCAGCACGUUUGGCGACAGAUUAAGUUAUCCCGAAUCGGAAUAUCAAGAAAACGUUCCCAAAACUAACGAUCAAUGUGAUUGGGAUAUCACCCAUCCGCAGAGAAUCCGAUUGAUCAAAUCCCUAUUAACUUUCUUGGAGGCUUCGGUUCCGUCUGAGGCCUUGCAAUCUUCUUGGACGGGAAACAAUCGGGAAGCUUGGGGUUCGAAGUUGCAUGGUUCUUCGUCACCUGAGGAUCUUCUACAGGUUCUUACGUGGUUUGAGAGUGUCGUAAGACGGGAUUAUCUGUCGUUGAACUUUGAAACAACCGAAGAACUGCUUGGCACCUCCGGCUUAUCACAACGGGCGGCUUCUGGCUCGGGUUCGGUCCCUGUACUUUCGUGGAUACCGCAAACAACCGCUGCUGUAACUUUACGGAUUUUCGAGCUUGAUGCCUCGAUUUCCUACAGUCCUGAACAGAAAGCCGAACUCCAUAUGGGAGACGAAUUAAACCAUAUGAUGGUCGAGAAACCUCCAUUGAAGUUCACAUUCUUAAAGAACAUCGGGAAAACGAUUACCGAUAUGGACCACAGCAAACCCAUGAAACAAGGGGCUCGUGGUGGCGGUGGUGGGGGGAGUCGUGGCGGGAAGUGGCAGAAACGGGCGGCAGGCGCCAUUUCAGUCUCCGGAAGCCGGCAAAACCUUAAAGAUAACGUUACAAUGAGUCAAGCUAUCAAACAACAAACACAUGGAAGGGGCCGAAGAACCGUCAGAAGAAGAAGAAUUGAGAAAACUGUCGAAGAAGAAGAAGAGCCAAUAAGAAACUUCAUCGAUGAAGAAUGGGUUCAAGAACCCGUCGACAAAAUGGAGACGGGAAACACAAACUUCCGUAUCAGUGAAGAAGACGAAGAAGAAGAAAGCGAAUCCGAAGAUGAAGGUGAAGAACAAAGAGUAGGAUUUGAAAUGGCGAACGAAGAAAGUUCAGGGUUUGGAGUUGCCAAUAAUGAAAGUAGAUGGGCUUCAAUGGAAAUGAGCGAAGAAGAAGGGUUUGAAGUCGUGGAAGAAGACGAUGAGAUGAUGAACGAUGAUUACGUCGACGGGAACGACGGAAGGAAUUUUAAGGUUGAGGAUUCGGAUUCUUUUGGUUCGGGGGAUUAUAGCGAUUGAAACGUUCGUUUCACAAGUGAAGGAACGAUUAAUAUCAAUUUUGAAGGUAGAAGUAAGAUAAUUUCGAUUCUUUUUUCGUGGGGUUCUUAGUUUUUAUACCGGUUUUCUUUUGCAUAAUCGUGUAGGAAGCGAAAUAAAAGCGUAAAUUUUUAGUAGGGUUCGUGUAACAUGGAAAAUCGCAGGCUCGUUUUUGUUGUAUACUUGCUCAUACCUUUUUUAUCGUCGAUAUAAACAUCGUGUUUUUCAUCCAUUAAGU